GUGUUGAUUACCUCCUUAGCAGCGCGUAGAGAGCAACACCUUCUUCCCCCUGCAUUUCGUUUUCCUCAACGAUCCCCCACCACCAUCAUCACAGUCUAGUAGUAGGGUCCCGAGGGAAAGACAUUGUUUUUUAUUAUCAGCGGCACUCCCACUCUCAAGAAUGGACGCUCCUCCUCCCCAGCAACAGCAAGGUCCCAAGAAGCGAGGCCGGAAACCCAAGCCAAAGGAAGAGAACCACCAGCAGCAGCAGCAACCCAGCGCCGGCAAGAUGAAGGAGGGGAAGAGAACGCAACAGCCCAGCAUCGAUGAGAAGUACACUCAGUGGAAAUCGCUGGUUCCCGUUCUCUAUGACUGGCUUGCUAAUCACAAUCUCGUUUGGCCCUCUCUCUCUUGCCGUUGGGGUCCGCAGCUUGAGAAAGCUACCUAUAAGAAUCGCCAACGUCUUUACCUCUCUGAACAGACUGAUGGCAGUGUACCGAAUACUCUUGUCAUAGCAAAUUGUGAAGUUGUCAAACCUAGGGUGGCUGCUGCAGAGCACAUAUCACAGUUCAAUGAAGAAGCGCGCUCACCAUUUGUAAAGAAGUACAAGACCAUCAUACAUCCAGGGGAGGUUAACAGAAUCAGAGAGCUUCCACAGAACUCCAAGAUAGUGGCCACUCAUACAGAUGGCCCUGACGUUCUUAUUUGGGAUGUUGAAGCUCAACCUAACCGUCAUGCUGUUCUUGGGGCAACACAUUCUCGCCCUGAUUUGGUUCUAACUGGCCAUCAAGAUAAUGCUGAGUUUGCUCUUGCAAUGUGUCCAACUGAGCCAUAUGUGCUUUCUGGAGGGAAAGAUAGGUCAGUGGUUUUGUGGAGUAUCCAGGACCACAUAACAACAACAGUUACAGACCCAUCUAAAUCUCCAGGAGUUGGUGGAUCAAUCAUUAAACAGAACAAAGCAGGGGAAGGUAAUGACAAGGCUGCUGAAAGCCCUACUGUUGGUCCUCGAGGUAUCUUCUGUGGGCAUGAGGAUACAGUUGAAGAUGUGGCAUUCUGUCCAUCUAGUGCACAGGAGUUUUGUAGUGUUGGUGAUGAUUCUUGCCUCAUAUUUUGGGAUGCACGGGUUGGCACCAGCCCAGCUGUUAAGGUUGAAAAAGCACAUAAUGCUGAUCUCCACUGUGUUGAUUGGAAUCCCCAUGACAGUAAUCUUGUCCUGACUGGGUCAGCAGAUCAUACUGUCCGCCUGUUUGAUCGACGGAAUCUCACUUCUAAUGGAGUUGGAUCACCCAUCCAUAAAUUUGAGGGUCACAAUGCUGCUGUUCUUUGUGUACAGUGGUCUCCAGACAAAGCAUCUGUAUUUGGAAGUUCUGCAGAGGAUGGUCUCUUAAACAUUUGGGAUUAUGAUAAGGUUGGCAAAGAGCGUGCUGUGAGAAACCCAAGUCCUCCUCCUGGCUUGUUUUUCCAGCAUGCUGGACACAGGGAUAAAGUUGUUGACUUCCAUUGGAAUUCAUCUGAUCCAUGGACAGUUGUGAGUGUUUCUGAUGACUGUGAUACUACUGGUGGAGGAGGCACAUUGCAGAUAUGGCGCAUGAGCGAUCUGAUCUACAGGCCGGAAGAGGAGGUCUUGGCAGAGCUAGAGAAAUUCAAAUCCCAUGUUAUUUCAUGUGCCUCUAAGCCUUAAAGAAACAAGCAUUCUUAGUAAGAACCCAGAACUUAAGAGAUUGUAGCUUUUUUCAGAUAGGCUUUAGGAUGAAGAAGAUUUAUAUAAUAUAAUUUUCCCAUUUUGACUGAUACAAGACUUCAGUAGGAUAAAGAUGUAUGCGUCCUCAUUUGGAAAUGAUGAAAUGUUAGACUAGACUGCUUUUGAUGCUACACGUUUUUCAUGCUAUAGUCGACUGGGGACACCACGUAUGCUCCAGAAGCAGUAUUUUUAUGUGGCCCAACCAGAUGCCUACAUUUUGCCUUAUUUAAUGGUUGUUA